AUGGCGGCAGGCCCCGAUGACAGUAUGGCGAUGCAACAAUAUGGCGACUCCAAGUCCGGCCGUGAGCGUGUUGAGAAGAAUGUGGUGUCGAAUCGGCCAAAAACAUCGACUGAUGAACAUCACGUCCAGCAAGUUAAACAAUUGGUGCUUGAAAAUCGUCGAUUGACCAUUAGAGACCUUACGGAUAGUUUGGGCAUAUCAUUUGGAUCGGUGCAGGCGAUUUUGAGUGACCAAUUGGGCUUGAAAAGAGUCAAAUCUCGAUUGGUGCCAAAAACGCUCAAUUUUUUCGAGAAAGAGCGCCGUGUUAGCAUCUGUGAAACGAUGCUUUCUGACUAUCAGGACGUGAUUAAACGCAUCAUAUCUGGAGAUGAGACUUGGAUCUACGCUUACGACCCCGAAACAGCCGACCAAUCGAGUGAAUAUCGUGUAAAAGGCGAGCCCAAACCGAAAAAACCACGUCAAAAUCGCUCAAAAAUCAAAGUCAUGUUGACGGUUUUCUUCGAUUAUCGUGGUGUUGUGCACUCGGAAUUCCUUCCGCCGGGUCAAACCGUCAACAAGGUGUAUUAUUUGAGUGUUAUGCGUCGUUUGCGUGAAGCUAUUCGCAAAAACAGUAAACUCAAGAGACCGCUCCGGGGACACCGUUUUGACUCGAUUGAGGAGAUAAAAGCCAAAUCGCAGAAAUCUCAAAAGGCCAUUCCAAAGAAGGACUUUUCGGACUGUUUCGAUGAGUGGAAAAUUCGUUGGCAUAAGUGUAUAGCCGCGGAAGGGGAUUACUUUGAAGGCGAUGAUAUGGAUUUGAAAGAAUAA